UGGCGACGGGCUCAGCCGGUGAAGGAACCGUCCGCAGUGCCGGCGUGCUAGCUUGAGGGCGUCGUCCCUCUUCGGGCCACAUAUUGCUGGAAUGGAAUGAAUGAUAUGCUGCGGGGAGACAGAGUUGUUGGUUGUUAGUUGUUGUUGUUGCUUUAGAUUUUGGACGAGGAGGGGUUGCCGUUGCUGCACAGGCUUCACUCACCACACAGCGCUCCGCUAAACGUCAUGUUUGGCCAGGCGCUAUGGCCAGCUCGCUCUUCCUAGUGCCGUUCUACAUGUGUAUUCUGGGCUUGUUGUGCUGCACAUCAGUGGCAGAUUCUCGAGCCGUGUACUUCAGGGAUGGACGUUCAGCACACUAUCAGGCCUCACUAUCUGAGGAAUUCGAUAUCGAUGAUGGACCUCAGACAUUUACGAUGCAAGACCACUUCGAUUGGCUGAAAGCAAGAGAGUUAGCCAGACGAGCGAAAGAUGUUCCACCUAGAAGCUUAUGGGGAAAUGCACAAUCUAAAAUGCAGGUUCCGGAUGAUGAAGAACUUAACUUUUCUGAUUAUCACGACCCCGAGUUUAAUCAUAUCCAUGACCUUCCUAAGAGGUAAUCCUCAUCAAAUGCAACUGUACUGUUAUUUUUCGGCCUAGUCCGUAGUUCCCACAUUUAUUCCUGCUGUAGGAUUUUGGUAACAGAAGGUACCCGCAUGUACAUAAACUGCAGCGCAGAAAUCUUUGGCGCUGUCUUUCUUACCGACAAAUGUAACUAAAGUCGACAGAUUAAGCAAGCAUACCUUUUUUUUUCUGUGUAAUGUUGUUUUUCUCGUCAGUCGCGCCUGACUAUUGAACCACCAUAAUCUUGGUGAUCAUGAAGGCAUCUUAACUUAAAGAAAUUUCAGCAUGCACGAUUCAAGUGUACAGUAUAUAACCGGAUGCUCAGUAAUGUGACGUAAUCCCUCGCUUUGGAACUAUUGCACAAUCAAGAUUCGUGGGGGUUGUAUCGCUAAGGCUUCUAAGAUCAAGUUUCUAGGCUCCAAGCCUUCCGACAUAUUCGCUGAAAUAAUCUGCAUGGGAUGUUAAUGGAACACAUCUGGAAGUGAGGGCUGUUUAUUUUGUUGAAAACGAGUUUUUAAGUGAUUCUUUGAAACCUGUCUUUGCAUGUGCGGCACUAUUCCAGGGCAGUCCUACACCCUCUUGCCAUAAAUUGGAGUCUAGCUCAUCACUCGAGUAUAACAAAGUUGUGCUCAAUCGAACUGACGUUCGGGAAGUGGGGAAGCAAGGUACUGGGAGCCUUUCAAAUCUUUGCAUACGAAGAGCCACUCCCCUGACCCAACACGUCUUGAACAUUCCGUGAAGUCCACAUUGUAGGAAUUUGAAUUGAUGUAUAUCUUCAUGUUCAUCUCGGUGUAACAAUCGUCCUGUUUUUUUCUUCCUCAAAUCACCUUUUCGAAGUUCAACAUCCCAGUAGUUUUACACCAGAGAAGAGAAACGUCAUAUUUCAUCUACUCAACAGGUUUUGAACUAGACGAAGCGAAGCAGAGAAAACCUAAGAGCCCACAACGUGAAAAGCCGAGACCGUGCGAAACACAAUGCAGAAUCCCAAACUUGCAACUGUGCGCCUCCCAUUUUGAGUCUCUGGAUUGGGUUGGUUAGUGAAUCUCACGGCUCCAAAAGCAUCAAAGCAGUCCAAUCUCGGUUCACUGCUCAAAAAGAAGUUAUCACGCCCACGUCGAGUUAAAUUUGGGCGUGGAAAGUAGACUUUCAGUGCGGGUAUCGAAUAUUGUCUUCUGCCAAAUUGGUCAGAUCACUCACCAGUCUGCGAAGGCAACGGUGGCGACCGGUACCGAGAGUCGGACCCAACUUCGCCAGCCGGUGGACCCUCUCCUUGUUAAUAAAGACUGGUAAUGCGCCCAUGCUUUGGUCGCGGGAGGAAGUUGCAUGUGGUUGCAGUCUGGUUCACCACCAAGUCUGCUUAUACGUGCCCAUUUGUGCCUCAGGGGGCGAGGCAGUUUGUGAAGCCAUAACCUCUUGGCGAUUUGUCUUGGCACCAAUGACGAUAGCUGAGGUGUAGGAGCUGCCUGUUUUCAGAAACGAUUUCGCGUUUCUGGUUGUGCUCAGAAGUGGACCACGGAUUUCGUUUUUAACUUGCCAAGUGUGAUACGAAUGGCUGCGGCGGCUUCAGUUGGUCGUUUCGAAGGAAAUGUGAUUCUGUGCAAUGCAGUAGAUUGAUGAGUAGAGAAACGUCGAGAGGAGGGUCGUUACGAGCCCUUCUGUGUAGGUUUCUGAUUUCAGAGACCUGCUUCUUAUUCUAUGAAGCUCACACGAAUUUACUCCGAAGAUGUAUAGUAGUUGAUUGUAAUGGAGAUCAUGAUCAAGGAUAUCUUUCCACCGCCAAUAACCAGAGACGCACAUGUUAUUACCACUAACUGUGCCAGAGUGAUGUUUAGUAUCGUGAGUAUUAACUAAAAUACGAAUUCUUGGCAAGUCCGAUGGACUUCUUGUCUACAAGAAUUAUGAAAAUCGGCAUUGGCGGACCAGAGUGACCAUCCUAACAAUUUAAACUACUGAUUUAUCGCAAGCAACCAAUCGUUACAUGCUGCCUCUACGAUCUCGAAGCUAUAAAUGUUGUGUGGAAACAGUAUUGCUGUGCGUCCCACUAGUUUCCAGGAGGACAUAAGAAAUCUGAGAGCAAGCCGAAGUCAGUGGACCUAAUUGCAGUUAGCGGUGCUGGAGAAGUGGCCGCCUGUUUCCAUCUCAAUGUGAAACCAUGUGUGCUUAUUGAAUAAGGUCGUAGGAAGGAUAUGAAGGGUUGCGUUUCAUUUUAUUGUGCGGUUGGACAGUCAUGACAAUCAUGGUCGAUUGCUCACCUUGCUCCUGAGCAUGCAGACAUUCUCCUUGGUGACAGCAACGAACUCUCACAUCUAUCGACAAUUUCGAAGCAGGCGGUAGUAAGAGUCGCCGUCGAGAUGAACGACGCAAACUCCGUGUAUGUGGGAGGGCUUUCAUACGAAAGCAGCGAAGACACGGUGAAGAAAGCAUUCAUGGAGUUUGGCGAAGUUGUGUCGGUAAAGAUUGUAUACGAUCGCGAGAGCGGAGAGUCUCGCGGAUUCGGGUUUGUCUCCUUCACCAACCCACGAUCGGCAACAAUGGCGAUCCGCGACAUGGAUGGGGGCCAAAUCGAGGGCCGCACCAUUCGCGUCAACGAGGUGCGGAAGAACUUAAAAGGAUUAGGGUUCCGCGACCGAGACCGCGACUUCAGAUCCCGCGACAUGAGGGAACGAAUUCGGCGCCGCGGGUCUCCCCCUUUUCGCGAGCGAGUUCACCAUCGCACCCGAUCUCCGCCCCCGGAACGAAGCCGCUCACCCACGCCGGUGCGCAGCAGUCCGGCUGGCAGAGAAAGUUGCCCAAGAAGAGGAAGCAGCCCCAUUGCCAGUGCAGGGAGGUACCAAUCCCCAGAGCUCAAGGAACGAGACCGAGACCGAUCCCGCAGCGGCCGUAGCUCGGUGUCUCCCCAGAGCUCCGACCGCAACGAGCGGAAAGAGGAGUCCGUCCACAAGGGGGACUCCAAAAUAAGCUCCCGGAUCGCAACAAUAGACAAGGACGAAGACGACGUGCGCCGCCUCAAAGAAGAUCUGGAAAGCGCGGAGGAAAGCCGUCGGGCGCUGGAGGAGAAAGUCGCAAGUCUCAAGGGCGUGGUCGAGAAGGCUAACGUUACGAUCGCCGCCUUGAAAAACAAAGCUCAGAAACUGGAAGAGUCAUUAACAAGUGCCCAGCAACUAGCCGCGCACCGCCAGUUCCAGCUCAAGAGGCUGCAGACGGGCGUCUUCCAAUACAAGCUGUGCACGGAGCGGCUGUCCAACAGCGAGAAGGAGAUGAAGGCGCUCGUUGCCUUGACAUCGCUGGAGGUAGAUCACGAUCCUCGCAGCACCCACAACAACGCCGCCGCUGCUGCUGCACCGCUCGAGGAGCCUCAAGCUCCUCCGCCCCUCGCCAACGGCGACGAGCCCAGCCACCACAGGGACGCCCCGCACCCCAAUUCCAUUCCCGCGUGAUGAUUUAUGGCUCUCACUCAAUUUGUUGCAUCUCUGGAAUCCAUCAAGCAAUCCAUGCAAACCACAGGAACGGAGUCUCGGCGCCGAGGAAUUCCGCUGGCGCUGCCAUUGCCUCGCACACGCGGAUCAGCGCUCGGACCCUUUUCGAAAAUUCGAAUCCCUAGUAGGCCUUGGGAAUGGCUCCAGCCCUGGUCUUUGGAAUGUCGCCCUCUUACUUGGUGGUUUUUAAAUUCUCAAGCAAUUAAUUUGCCGUGGUUUCUCGAAGGUGGCGGUGGUUUCCUUUGGUGGGUUCCUGGGGGAUUAUUCAAGCGAUGAGGUUUUAUUUCUUAUCAAGCAACUGGACAUGAUUUUUUAUUUAUAAACCGGAUCUCCGUUUCAGUGUACCAAGUGGGCUUCAGAAAAAAAAUAAAAAAAUAAAAAAUAACAACAAAACAACAACAACAACAACAUGGCUGUGCUUAAUUCUUUAUUUUGGUACAGCUAUUUUUCCUUCACUGGACGAUGGAAUGGCAGCUGGGUUUAUGAAAAAAAGAGGAUAAAAAAUAAAAAUAAAAACCAAAAACAGUUGCCA